GGAACUCCUGAAAUCAACAACACUGAAAGCUUAGCAAAGCAUGUAAUAUCCUUUAUGGCUUUCACGUAUUUUCAAUCGGGCCAAACACUUCUCAACUUCUACUUAUCGAUUGAAUACUCCGCCCAGUCAUUACUCGGAAUUAAACACUCCCUGAGUUAACUGUGGCCAUAAUCUCCUUCAAAGCCCAAGACACCUUCGGGUCCUGAAGCAGAUUUCGUUGAAGAGGCGUUAGGCUUAUUCCGCCAUCACCAUGUCCACCCCGACCCCCUCUCUCGACCACCUAAUCCUCUUCCUCCCCGCCGGCCCUAACAACCUCCCCCUCAUCCCGCCCUUCCUCAGCUCCAACUUCACCCUAACCCCCGGCGGAACCCACGCCGACGGCCUAACCUCCAACACCCUCAUCCUCCUCGCAGACGGCUGCUACAUCGAACUAAUCUGCUUCCUCCCCUCCGCCGCACUCUCAAAGCUCCAGACGCACUGGUGGGGCCCCAACCCCGCGCGCAAAGGAUGGACAGACUGGUGUCUCACCACCGCUGCCCCCGACUCUGCGGAAGCCAACCACGAGCGAGUACAAGCGACGCACGCGGCGCCGCUCCAAGGCGCCAGGAGACGUGCCGACGGUGUGGAUGUCAAAUGGGCCGUGACCUUCCCCGCGGGCGCGAACGGCGGCCAGGAAGUACGCGGCAAACUGCCCUUCUUCUGCCACGACAUCACGCCGCGCGAGCUGCGCGUCCCGCUCUCCGCAUCCAACACCACGCAUCUCUGCGGCGCGCGAGGAGUGCGCGAAAUCAGCGUCGUUCUGCCUUCCCGGGAGACGCUUGAGGAGACGCGGGCGCUGUACGCCUCGCUCUUUGACGAGCGCCCAGGCGCCGAAGGCGACGAGGAGUUUUCUUUCUCGGUGGGUAGAGUGAAGAGUGUAGAGGGUCUGGAGGAGGGGGCUGGCAUCGUACUGCGGCUGCCGAGGAAUGAGGAAGAGAGGGAGAAGGUUAGGGAGAGGGGGGUCUGUGUCUGUGAUGUGGUGCUUGCUGCAAGGGCUGGGGAGGGGAGAGAGCGCGGGAAGAGAUGGCGACUUGAUGGAGAGGGAGAGGAUGAUGUUGGGGGGUUGUGGGUCGAAUAUGUAUGAGAUUCUGGCGUAUGUAAAUGUGUGGAAGACCUCGUCCGUUCAAUGGCUGAUAGGAUGUAUGUUUGGCAGUUCUGAUACGUUGACCACGAGCUCUGAGAAGAUGAGGAUAAUAUGUUCCGGGUCGUUAGGCUAGCAGGGUCGAAGGGCGGUAUUCGAGUAUUCUAGCUCAACGACCCUUCGUCGAGCAUCAAGCCCAUGCACUGAAAGUCUCUUUUGUAUCUAUACGCCCUGCUCCCUAGGUAACACU